AUGGCAUCCCUUGCUGGCACCAAUUUCACCAUAUAUCUAGACUAUAUUCAAGUGCAAAUGAAUCGGUAUCUGUCACCAACCAUCUUUAUCUUCGGUGUUAUUGGUAACACUCUCAAUUGUAUUGUUCUCGGACAACCGACACUCCGAUCCAAUCCAUGCGCUCUUCUCUUUCUCGUCUCAUCGUUCGUCGCUCUCAUUUCUAUUCUCGUCGGCCUUCCAACACGUAUCCUGGCCGGUUGGAAUCUCGAUCCAACAGCCGCUAUCACAUGGAUAUGUCGAUUUCGAGCAUUCGUAGUCUUCACUACAAGAACAAUCGCAGCGUGGCUUAUCAUGUUUGCCACCGUCGAUCGUUGGCUGCUUUCUUCUGUCGACAUUCACCGACGACAACUCAGUUCGAUUAAAAACAUCAGAACACAGAUCUUGGUCACUUUUGUUCUUUCUAUCGCAGUCUAUGCACAUAUGCUCUACUGCUAUGAAGCGNAGGAAGACAACAAUUUGCAAAUGACAUUCUACCCGUAUUUUAUGGCAGAUAUACUUAUGUUCGACAUGGAAAGGAAGAAAGAUUAUUCAGCGCCAUAUGUAAUCAGAGAAACGAAAUCGAUCAGUACCUCAAGCAGACAAAUAUUGGGGAAAAGAACGCGUAAAAACGUCAAGCUUGUAACUAUAUAA